CCGGCGUUUCCGGCCGGGUCUGUAAAGCUGUGCGACCGGGCCGCGCGCCGGGUGAGAGGGCGGCCUGGGGAGCAUGUCGAGUUUCUCCAAGGCGUCCCAGCAAUGGGCCACUUUUGCCCGAAUGUGGUAUCUCUUAGAUGGGAAAAUGCAGCCUCCGGGAAAACUUGCCGCCCUAGCAUCAAUGAAACUCCAAGGACUCCACAAGCCUAUAUACCAUCAACUGAGUGACUGUGGCGAUCAUGUUGUCAUAAUGAACACAAGACACAUUGCAUUUUCUGGAAACAAAUGGGAGCAGAAAGUGUACUCCUCACACUCUGGCUACCCAGGUGGAUUUAGACAAGUAACAGCUGCUGAGCUUCACCAGCGGGACCCAGUGGCAAUUGUAAAAUUGGCUGUUUAUGGCAUGCUGCCCAAAAACCUUCAGAGAAGAACAAUGAUGAAACGACUGCAUCUUUUUCCAGAUGAUAAUAUUCCAGAAGAUAUUCUUAAAAAUUUAGUGGAAGAACUUCCUCAGCCACGCAAAGUACCUAAACGUCUUGAUGAAUACACACAAGAAGAAAUAGAGGCUUUCCCAAGAGUAUGGUCUCCACCUGAAGAUUAUCGCAUAAAGUAGCAUUGAGGCGACUGAAACUUCCUUCUGACGAGUUCCUCUAACUGUGGGGCAGAGCGAGGCAAUUUCUCCGGAUCUGCGUUGAUUGCACAUGCUAAACACUUUUAAGGAAAGGUCAGGGAGGGAUAUUCCUUCAAGAGGAAAUCGCAACAAAAUACAUAACUUGAUAGAAUUAUUUUAUUACAUAAUCUUGUUUGAAUGGUUUAAAUAAUGAUUAAAAGUUUUCUUACUUGAGUAUU